AUGAGACUUCCCUUUCUCAAAAAGGGUAAAAAGGGCAGUCUCCAGCUCGAUGUGCCUCCCGAGUUUCGCCCCGCCGGCGCUGGCCAGAUGCCUCGAUUCCCGCCCACCACCCAGUCCGCCUUGAAGCUCGCCCAGCUUCCCCCCGCCGUCCUCCAGCGCAUUUUUGCCCAUGUCUGCCCGCACGCAUCUGACGAGUCCUUUGACACAUGCGAGGAUAGCGCCAGGGCCGAUAACUGCGUCCUCUGCGACCUGCGUGAUCUGUCCCACUGCGCCCAGAUCAGCCGCGCCUGGCGAGUCGCCGCUAUCCAAGUUCUCUACCACAGCAUCCGCAUCGAGCCCGUACAUUACUGCAAAAUGGAGGCCUGGCUGGCUGAGCGUCGCAAAAAGACUGGCCGCUUCGACCGCAACGGCGUUCCCGAAGACACGGCCCAGGCUCGCCUCCGACUCCUGCGCCGAACCGUCCGCGAUGAUCCUACCAGAAUCGGCAAGCUCGUUCAAUAUCUCAAAAUCCCCUACAUGCUCCGCGAGUUCUGCUACGUCGAGCUCGCCCAGACCAUUGCCGUCUUGCCCGACCUGCACUACGUCGACCUCCCCGAGGGCAUGUUUGCUGAUGAGCCAGCUUACGCCACCCUGCGACUCGAGGUUCAGGCCCGCUGUCCCAAGCUUCGUAAAAUGACCUACGUCGCCGGCUCCGAAAGGAGCUUUUCCAUGCUUGCCACCGGCCAAAUCUGGCCUCGACUGCAAGUCCUCGAGCUCAAUCGCCUCAACGUUGACCCCACAACCAUGCGCAACGUUCUCGGGUCACUGGCGAACCUGCGCGCCCUCAAAGUCAGCCAGACAGACAGUAUAUCAGACGAGGUAUUGCUAUCUACAGAAGGUCUUCCUGCACUCCCUCCACUCGAAGAGCUCGUCCUCAAGGACACCCCUCGCGUCACAGCCGCAGGUUUGAUUGAAUACCUCUCCUGGCUCGACGCACAGCAAGCCCUUAAGGUCCUGACUCUCAAGGACACUGGCGUGCAAGCUUCCGGUCUAGCAGAUAUCCUGACCACGGCAACCUCAUUGCGCACACUGGCUCUACAGACGAAGAUCUCGGAGCCCUUCCCACACACUACCGGUAUCGCGCCGCUCGCCUCCCAGUCUCUGCGCACGCUGCGUUUCGAAGUCUCUGGACGCACCGCAUCUGCGCAAGAUGCCAGCGCCGCCAACACUUACUAUUCAUAUGUCGCAAACUCGAUUCUCCAGAACAACCUCCCCCGCCUUCGUAAGCUCUUCGUCCACGACGAGUCCUUUCCCGACAAGCUGCAGACCGCCAUGCCCGUCCCUGAUGGCGCCCUCAACAACCCACGCCACCGUCAUCAGAGCUCCUCCAUGUCCUCAGCCCGCGGCGCGCCCGCCCUGCGCGUCUCUCCCCCGCCCUCGGCCAACGCCAGUCCGCCGCGCGGCAACGGCCUCGCGAGCCCCAAGUACAGCAACGGCCCGAUGUCCAGUCCCCGCGCCGUCCCCCGCUCCCCCAUCCUCCCUCCCAUUGCCAAUUCUCAGCUCGCCCAGAACCGCCUCAGCUCCAACAACCCCUUUGCGCCGCAGCAGCAGGCACGCAGCGCGCCCAUUCAGACCCUCGAGGUCUUUACCAAGAGCGACGAGUUUGGCCAGUGGAACUUUGCCCGCAUCGACGCCCUGCCCAAGAGCGUGUCCGCCGGCUCGUCGUCGUCGGCGACGGCGACGGCCGACCCGCGCCGCGAGAGCCACUACGGCCUCGCCGCCGACGUUGAGGGCCAGGGAUGGGAUCACGGCGCCGCACGUCGUAGCGUCAUGGUCGGCAAUGCCACCGGCGGCUUCCUCACCCUCCCCGGAGGCGCGCCCUUUGCACCCCCGCCCGACUUGCCUCCUGUAGCUCCGGGUUUUGCCAAUGACGAUCACCGACCGCGCAGUAGCGGCGGCUCCUCACGCGUCCGUCGCUAA